CAUUCCCGGACUGGACUCGCUCCCUGCAACUUCGGGAGCGGCUGAAACUUCCCGAGAAACUUGCUGGCGCCGGUGUGUGUGUGGGAGGGAGACCCGGAGCCCGGUCCCCGGUCUGCAGAAGAACCGACCCCGGUUUUUUCCUUGUCCCAGCCGAGUCGAGUCAAGUCAGCAGGCUCCUGGGCCUCAUUAGACUGAAACCACCAUGCCACUGCCCAAGGAUAUCGUGAAGAUCGCCGUGCAGAUGCCUGGGGCCUACCCUCAGCUGAUCGACCUCGAUCAGAAAAAGCCCCUGUCGACCGUCCUAAAGGAGGUCUGCGAUGUCUGGAACAAGAGUAACUCUGAUCAGUAUGCCCUGCAGUACGCUGAUGGGAUACAGACGUACAUCACAGAGACGAAUCGGCAUGAUAUAAAGAAUGGGAGUAUUCUGCGCCUGGCAACUGCCCCUAACCGAGAGGCUGAGAACCUCUACGCUGGGAUCCAGAGUAAUAACUACAACGUGCGCUCGGACUCACUGAAGGGACUGGCCGUCCUCUCCAAGGAUAUCACCUUUGCCCAGGAGUUCAUCAGCAAGGAUGGGAUUGCAGUGCUGGUCCGCAUUGUGGAGAAUGGCCAUGACACCGGGGAGAGUUUGGCCUACGCCCUGAAUGCAUUUAUCGAGCUGAUGGAACACGGAGUCGUUUCCUGGGAAACCCUCAACCAUGUUUUCAUCAAGAAGAUUGCAGGGUUUGUGAACAAAUCUGCGAUGGAUGCAUCGAUCCAGCAACUAUCCUUGGCAAUUCUGGAGAGUAUGGUACUGAGCAGCAGCUUUCUGUUCCAACUGGUGAAGAACGAGGUUCCUCUGGACAGACUUAUCGCUCACCUGCAAGUGACAAACCAGAUGAUCCAAACGAAAGCGAUGGCUCUGAUCAUCGCCCUGCUGCUGAGUUCAAAGGAUGACGAGAGGAAGGAAAUGAUGGACUUCCUCAACAAGAGGAACCUCAGGCAGAACAUUCAGAGGAACAUUAUUCUGAGCUCUUCAGCCGUGAGGGACGAGAUGGCUCACUACUUGUACGUUCUACAGUCCAUUUCCCUGAACCUCCUGGAGCCCAGGACAAAGAUUCCAAUGGACCCUUAUAACCAGGAGCAGAGGGAUAUGAUCCACCGGCUACGUCAAGCAGCCUUUGAGUCUGAUGCUGAUGCCUCUGCUGGCAACUUUAACACAGACCGGCGAAAAUCUUUGUGCGCCAGAGAGUUCAAGAAGCUUGGUUUCUCCAACAGUGCCAAUCCCUCCUUGGACUUCAGCCGGACGCCUCCUGGCCUGCUACCUCUGGAUAACAUGACUUACUUUGCCGCGCACCACGCUGAUGCCUAUAACCGGUUUGUCCUGGAGAACAGCAGCCGUGUAGACAAGCAUGAGUGCCCAUUUGGGCGUGGCAGCAUUCAGCUCACCGUCAUCCUCUGUGAGAUACUCAAGAUCGGAGACCCACCCUCGGAGACCGGGCAAGACUUCUACCCCAUGUUCUUCGCCCAGGACAGGGUUUUCGAGGAGGUCUUUUGUAUUUGCAUCCAGCUGUUGAACAAGACGUGGAAGGAGAUGCGAGCCACGCAGGAGGACUUCGACAAGGUUAUGCAGGUGGUACGGGAACAGAUUACGCGGACACUGGCCUGCAAGCCCACCUCCCUCGACGUUUUCCGCAACAAAGUGAAUGCUAUGAACUAUAGUGAGAUUCUCAAACUCCGGCAAACAGAGAGGAUGCACCAGGAGGAGACUCUUGCACCACCAGUCCUGGAGUUAAGGGAGAGACUCAAACCUGAGCUGAUGGAGCUGAUUAAACAGCAGCGCCUCAACCGACUGUGUGAUGGCACUCUCUUCCGCAAAAUCAGUAGUCGGCGACGCCAAGACAAGCUGUGGUACUGUCGGCUGUCACCCAAUCACAAGGUACUUCACUACGGAGAUGUGGAGGAGAGGGACGACAAUCCAGCUAUCGAGCUGCUGCAGGAGAAGAUUCCAGUGGCUGAUAUUAAGGCAUUGGUGACGGGGAAGGACUGUCCCCACAUGAAGGAGAAGAGCACCCUGAAACAGAACCGGGAGGUGCUGGACCUGGCGUUCUCUGUCCUGUACGAUGCAGAGGACUACUCGCUGAACUUCAUAGCCCCAACUAAAUAUGACUUCUGUCUCUGGACUGACGGCCUGAAUGUUCUGCUGGGCAAGGAGUUGAACAGUGAGCAGACCAAGAGUGAGCUGGAGAUCCUGCUGUCCAUGGAGAUCAAACUGCGGCUCCUGGAUCUGGAGAACAUCCCCAUCCCGGAUGCAGCCCCGCCAAUCCCUAAUGCUCCGAGUAACUACAACUUCUGCUAUGACUACAGCCACACUGAGCACUGACUCUCUCUCGGUGGGGAUCACGUCAAGAUGCAUCAGGAUCUUGGAUGAGUUUGGGGACGUUGCAGGUUUUAUACAGCGCAUGUAAAAAUUAGUUUUUGUACACAGGCAGUGACUCGAGUAUUUUCAUGUGCAAUAUUCUAGAAGAGAUGAAAGGUACUUAUGAGAGAGGAUGGUGUGGUGCACAUUUCAGCUGGUAACAAAAAUGGCUGCCCUGACACGCUGGCCAACUUCAGGGCAGAGGCGAUUAGCUCACAAGAAGUGGUCCAUCCCCGAAAGAAGGGGAAGCAGGAAUACUAGGAAUCUGAUGGAUGAGAAAAUGGUGGCAGCGUUUAGCAGACGGCAUCUGUGAAGAGAGAAAGUUAGGGUUAACAUGUUGGAGCAGGGAACUCCUGCGGGGCCAGUGAGCAGACAGCCAAUGGUCCGACGUUAAUCCCACAUUUCUCUCUCCAUAGACGUCCCAAGAAGAGGGUGGGAGGUUGUGAAGCCGAUCAUGAUGAAGAGUAA